CCCGACGUGCGCGCUCCCGUGUCCGUCCCGUCCCGUCCCGUCCCCCCCCCCCGGCUCCUGGCGGGAGCGAGCUCGCGCGCUCUCGGGCGCGGCCCCGCGCUGGAUUCCCCGGCUGGGCCCAGGCCCCCGGGGCUGAGGAGGACGCCGCUUGGACCCACUGAUCGCUGCCGUGCGGCUUUCCGAUCCCCCCUGCCGUCUCCCAGGACUGGCCUGGCCACCGAGACCAGUGAGGAAGCCUUGCGACUGGAGAUCCAGAAGCUGAAGCAGAAGAAGGACACUCUGGAUCAGGAAAUCUCCCAGCUGUCCGCAGAGGGCUACAGCGUGUCUGAGCUGGAGGAACACAUCUCCUUGCUUCACGAGUACAAUGACAUCAAGGACGCGGGGCAGAUGCUGCUAGGCAGGCUGGCCGUGAUCCGAGGGGUCCCCACCAAGGAGCUGUAUCCCGAGUUUGAUCUGGACGUGAAUGACUGAGCCAAAGGGUUCCCCUCCCGCUCUCUGGGGAAGCUGCAUGGAGUUGGGCGGAGGCAUUGGAGGACUCUCACAGGAUGGCUGUCAAAGAGAUGGGGGGGCAUCACGGAGAAGACCUUUGAGUGAGGGGGUGCCGGGCACUGGGCACCGAAGCCGCCCCCGCCUGCCAAGGGCUGCGGGCAGAGAAAUGCCCAGACACUAAACUCUGCCCGCCUCGGUGAAAGGUCAUUCCCCACACCUUGGGCUUUGAAUCAUU